AUGACCCCAUCUGCAUAUGUCGUUGUCGAUAACCUCUUCAACACAAUGGGAGACGUGAGCCAAAAACAGCUUAACAUUAUUGCUUCUGCAAUUCCUCAGGACAUUCUUACCGAGUUCCGAGAUGGAUUUAAAAAGGCCUGGGAGAGCACCUCCGCAAACGCGAACUUGACUCCUAAAGAAAGAAUUUUGCGAGCUGCUUGGGCCAGAGUUCUCAAGAUGAAAGAAGAAAAAAUCGAUCUUGACGACAAUUUCUUCCGUUUGGGGGGGUGA